AUGACAUACAACAUUGCUAUGGUCAGUGACUUUUUCUUCCCCCAGCCAGGCGGAAUUGAAAGUCACAUAUAUCAGCUAUCGACCAAGCUUAUCGAUCGCGGCCAUAAAGUCAUCAUCAUAACUCAUGCCUACAAAGGACGAACCGGCGUUCGCUAUCUCACCAAUGGGCUCAAAGUAUACCAUGUCCCAUUCUUCGUGAUUUACCGGGAGUCGACCAUGCCGACGGUCUUCUCGUUCUUUCCUAUCUUCCGAAAUAUUGUGAUUCGUGAGCAGAUUCAGAUUGUACAUGGCCAUGCAAGCUUGAGCAGCUUUUGUCACGAAGCUAUUCUUCAUGCACGGACAAUGGGCCUCCGGACAGUUUUUACCGACCAUUCGCUGUUUGGAUUUGCAGAUGCGGCGUCAAUUCUCACCAACAAGCUGCUCAAGUUCAUCUUGAGUGACGUAGACCAUGUUAUUUGUGUCAGUCAUACAUGCAAGGAGAACACGGUCCUUCGAGCCUCGCUAGACCCGUUGAUGGUGUCUGUCAUUCCCAAUGCGGUAGUUGCAGAGAACUUCCGACCCCCAGAGCCACGGCCAAUCGCGCGACCCAUGGAGCCCAACGAUAUUAUCACGAUUGUUGUCAUAUCCCGUCUUUUCUACAACAAAGGAACCGAUCUUCUUAUUGCCGCCAUUCCCCGGAUACUUGCGUCCCAUCCGAAUGUACGAUUCAUCAUUGCCGGAUCAGGGCCCAAGGCCAUCGAUCUCGAACAGAUGCUAGAAAGGAAUGUUCUUCAGGACAAGGUUGAAAUGCUUGGCUCGGUGCGACAUGAAGAAGUUCGUGACGUGAUGAUCCGGGGACACAUUUAUCUGCAUCCGAGUUUGACUGAAGCGUUCGGUACUGUCCUUGUGGAAGCUGCAAGCUGUGGUCUAUACGUGGUGUGCACACGCGUUGGUGGCAUUCCCGAGGUGCUCCCCCAACACAUGACAACUUUUGCGAAACCGGAGGAGGAUGAUAUCGUGCUUGCCACUGGAAAAGCCAUCGCCGCAUUGCGUUCGAACAAAGUCCGCACGGAUCGAUUCCACGACCAGGUCAAGAUGAUGUAUUCUUGGACGGACGUAGCCGAACGUACGGAACGUGUCUACAAAGGCAUCUCCGGGGACAUUAGCCCCGAGGAAUUCUACGGCUAUUAUCCCGGACAGGGAUGGGAGGCCGGUCGGGACCGGGUGCGAAGCUUUGCCCUUAUUGACCGUUUGAAACGGUACUACGGAUGCGGAGUGUGGGCAGGCAAGCUGUUCUGCCUUUGCGUGGUGAUCGACUUUUUACUCUAUGUUUUCUUGGAGAUGUGGUUUCCCCGUGCAAACAUUGACAUUGCGCGUAGCUGGCCUAAGAAGAUCAACCAAAAAGAGAACAAACGGCCAGGGUCUACGUAUAAAGGCGACCGUCUGGGGCCUGCAUCAUAA